CUAUGCCAAUUGCCAAUGACGCUUUUCGCUCUCGCCAAUCAAUACGCCGGAAGCAUUAUUUUCUACGAGGGACACCUGAAGGCACCAUCUACAGCAGACCGGUUGUAUAAAACGAAGCUUAAUUCUCCUGCCUCGACAGCUUUCCUGCGUUUCACAAUUAAGAUUAGCAGCGAGAAGCAGCACCCCAAACCCAGUAAUUAUAAGAAGAAAGCCAGCUUUAAAGACGACAUCAUUAUGGCACAUUACAGAACUCCAGACCCCAAACGGGAACAGUUUAGGAGAUACUUGGAGAAAGCUGGUGUUGUUGACAGUCUGACCAGUGUUCUAGUGUCUUUGUAUGAACAACCUGAAAAGCCCGGGAACGCUCUGGAAUUUGUGAAGCAGCAUCUGAAUUGUGGGAGUCAGACUUUAACGGACACGGAGGCUCUGCAGCAGGAGGUGGUCGACUUGAGGCUGAGGUGUGUACAUCUGACAGACGAAAACAAGAACCUCAAAUCAAAGCUGCAGCGUUAUGAACCUGAAGAUGGCGCAACAGCUGACUAGACCACAGCAGCACUUUGGCUUCAUCAAUGUAGAUUUAGUUAGUUUUGCUUUUAUGACACAACAACACUAUGACAUGAAGGCAGAUCAUUUUUAGGUGCCUAUUUUUGUAAAUCUUCUUUUCUACCAUUUCUUUGAAUUUAACUUAUGCUGUACAUGUAUGUAUAUAAGUUUGUUCCUUGUUUGUUUAAUCUUUAACUUAGCUUGAGAAAUUGCCCUCUUUUAUAUGGCUGAAAAAGUCAGAUCUUAAAGAAAUACUUCACCCUUAAUAAAGUAUUCCUUUAGGACAUGGGGCAUGUCCUUUUUUUGAGGCGUCUAUUUGAAAAACAAAUGUGCUAUUUCUCUUUUACUUUCAUAGUUAUUAAACCAACAUGCUGUGUUUAGAGCAUCGUGACAGUGUGUGACAGAGACACACUCGUACUUAAUUUACAAUAAGCUGGUUACCAGUAAAAUAUAGUACUUUUCACAAUGUUGUAGUCAUUGUUGUAUCGCUGAUUAAACUCAUUUAUAAAGAAACAAUGUA